AUGACCUCGAUGUUCGCCGCGAUGGGUCUUGUGCUAUAUCUAGAGCUACUACCAAAAUGGCUGCCCUAUACAAACUUCUAUGUGCCACAAUUUAUCGCAACCACGUUCUUCGUAUGGCUUUACAUUACAUGCCGUCAAAAAUACCUCAAUGUUUACCAAAGACGCUACGCCACUGUUGACGCUAGGUUCAAGACCCAAAUAAACUUCACAGCCUCUCGGUUAUUCCUUCGGCUGGCUCCAUAUAAACUAUGUGUCUCUCUGGCAAACAUCAUGAAUUAUCAAUUCCUCAUCGAUCAUUCACUCUAUGUACAAACGUUCUUCACUUACAUUGAAUUCUUUCAAAUAUCACUACAGGUUACGAUUCAUAUGUGGCUAAUUAUUUCGUGUGAUCACGAAUUGAGGAAGCGUUUUGUUCGAAUGUUAAAUAGCAAAGCAACGGAAGUGCAAGAUCUCCGUAGUGCCGUCGGCGAAAAAAUCAGCUUCACGAUACCUGAAGAAAGCGACAUCUAUUUUCGAGAAUUACGCACUAUGUGGCGA